AUGGAUGCUGCCAUAUCUGCCGUCACAGGUGAAAUGGUGAGUCGGUUCAUCUCCUUCCUCAUGGACAAGUACCAAUCCUCCAGCCAUGCAGAGUCAGAGGAGAAGGUGCUGGAGAGGUUGCAGCAUCUCCUGAUGAGAGCUUGCACCAUCGUCGAGGAGGCGGAAACACGAUACAUAACAAACUCCGGGAUGAUGAUGCAGCUCAAGAUGCUCUCAGAGGCCAUGUACCGAGGAUACAGUGUGCUAGGUCACUCGAGGUACCGAGCACUCCAAGCUGGUGCGCGCAUUGAAAAGGUUAGCAGCAACGAUUCAUCUAGCAGCAGUUUGUAUUUAGCCAAGCGCUCACGAACAACAACUGAUAAGGUCACAUGCCUUGAGUCACGUGGUGCCUUGGAAAGUUUAGAAUUUGCUAUUGCUAACAUGGUAGAAUUUAUUGUGCUUCUGGGUGGGUGCGAGCGCAUGUCUCGUAGGCCAUAUGACGUUUAUCUUUACACCGACAACUUCAUGUUCAGCCGACAUGCUGAAAAGCAAAAGCUCUUGAGCUUUUUGUUGCAGCACAACGACCCUCAUGGGGAUCAUGCAGUGGCAGUUCUUCCGGUCAUAGGUGGUCCAACAACUGGGAAGAAAACUUUGGUUGCCCAUGUGUGCGGUGAUGAAAGGGUUCGCUCACGCUUCUCUUCUGUACUGCACUUAGAUGGAGACAACCUUUUGAGCAUACUUGACCAUGGAAGAACUAUGGUAGGGACGAUGUUGGUAGUUAUCGAGUUUGCUUCCGAUAUAGGUGACGAUGAUUGGCAAAAGUUUCACUCAUUUUUCGAAAGAACGGGCAGAGGAAGCAAGAUAAUCAUCUUAAGUAAACUUAAAAUAUUAGUCAGGUUUGGAUCGGUGAUACCAAUUUUCCUUACUGUUCUAUCAAAGGAUGAGUUGAGAUACCUUUUCAUGGCACUGGCAUUCGGGAGUGUAGACCGUGCAGAACAUCCACGUUUUGGCGUUCCACAUUGGACAAGGGGAAAAGAUUUCUUAAAAGAAACCUAUCCAUAUCAGGUGUCCAACCAAGCACACAUUUAG